GACGUUGCUUGACGUCAUUUCCGGGAGAGCCGCAAACAUGGCGCUGUUCGAGCAGAUGCGAGCGAACGUGGGCAAACUACUGCGGGGCAUCGACCGGUACAACCCCGAGAACCUGGCCACCCUGGAGCGCUACGUGGAGACGCAGGCCAAGGAGAACGCCUACGACCUGGAGGCCAACCUGGCCGUGCUGAAGCUGUACCAGUUCAACCCCGCCUUCUUCCAGACGGGCGUGACGGCGCAGAUCCCCAAGGCGCUCACCAACCUGCCCCACACCGACUUCACCCUCUGCAAGUGCAUGAUCGACCAGGCUCACCAAGAGGAGCGGCCCAUCCGGCAGAUCCUGUACCUGGGGGAGCUGCUGGAGACCUGCCACUUCCAGUCCUUCUGGCAAGCGCUGGACGAGAACAUGGAGCUGCUGGAGGGGAUCACCGGCUUCGAGGACUCUGUCAGGAAAUUCAUUUGCCACGUGGUGGGGAUCACGUACCAGCACAUCGACCGCUGGCUGCUCGCUGAGAUGCUGGGGGACCUCUCAGAGUCGCAGCUGCGGGUGUGGAUGAGCAAAUACGGGUGGACAGAGCCAGAGCCAGGGCGGAUCCUGAUCUCCAACCAGGAGGAGAACAUCAAACCCAAGAACAUCGUGGAGAAAAUCGACUUCGACAGUGUGUCCAGCAUCAUGGCAUCCUCUCUCUGAGCCCCUCAGAACAGAGCCCUCAACACCGACCCCCCAACGCCAACCCCCUAACCCCGACUCUCCCCAGUUUAACCAGUAAAGAGGCUCCAACGCUG